CCAAGAUGUCAACCUCAGUUCCUCAAGGCCAUAACUGGACCCGACAGGUGAAGAAGGAAAAUGAGGAAGAGGACCCGCUGGACCAGCUCAUCUCCCGCUCUGGCUGUGCUGCCUCCCACUUUGCCGUGCAGGAGUGCAUGGCCGAGCACCAGGACUGGCGGCAGUGCCAGCCACAGGUGCAGGCCUUCAGGGACUGCAUGAAUGAGCAGCAGGCAAGGCGGCGGGAGGAGCUACAGAGGAGGAAAGAGCAAGCAAAUGCCCACCACUGAGACCCCAAACCACCAGUCCCCAGGAGAUGGCCACGUAGAAACCAGCACCCAAAGACACCAUGGGAAGAAGACCUAAACGGUGGACAUAAUGGGCCAGGAGGUAUAAAACCUGGGGAUGGUCUUUGGGACUGGAGUUGUUAAAAGCCAGACACCCUGGGUUUGGACAGAACUGCCACAAAGAUCUGUUAUAUUUUCAUGGUCAGAUCCCACAUAUCCUCAUCCAUCUUGUUCCACCAGUAUUUGCCAUGUAAAACAAAAUGGGGUAGGGCAUGUGCCCAUCUCAGUACUUGGGUGUGCCAACCACUCAGUGUACUGAAUACAGGGACAUUUUAAUUUCAAAGUAAAUUCACAAUAUAAAGUUAUAUUGGUUACCGAAUUAGAUCUUUGUUUAUUUGCUCAUGGGUUCAACAACAGCAAAUAUUUCUGAGGCAUUGUGUUGGAAACUGAUGUGAUGAAUAGUGUGAUAUGACCUCUGCCUUCAUGUUGAUUAGAGUCUAG